AGCGGACCCACUUCCGGUUGGCGUCAGGCUUGGAAACUCGUUGCUUCUUCGGCAGGAGGCGUGUUGCAGGAGCCGGAGCGCGUCGUUACCACGUGCUGAGCCCCGCGAGCUUCAGAGCCGGAGCCCGAGCGCUGGGUAAGUGAAGGGUGGAAGCACCGUGGAGUUAAGUGAUCUUUGUGCACGCUGCCUUACCUGAAAGAUCAUCAUCAUAAUUAUCAUUAUUAUGAGUCAUCUGGGAGAACUGAAGUUGUAAGAGGCAGGACGAUUUGGGCAGGGAGGGGCUGUUCCUUUAAAAACUAGUACGUACUAUAUAUACGCACUACUGUAUUUAUAGUGUAUACAGUAUAUAUAUAUGUAGGACGCCCCCUAAGUGAUGCUGGUUGGCUCCUCAAUAUCCUAAAUGCUCUGGUCUUCAGCUGUUGGGUCGGGACCCACUAGGUGGCUUUCAACCUGAUCCAAGGUGGGAUACCUCUUCUAAUGCAUGCAUUUCAUGUGCAAAAGCAGCUCCCAUGUGCAAUCUUUUCAGUGCUGUGCCACAGAAUCUAUUAUUAAUUGAAUUUGUUAGUCACUUUAUUUGGGACGGGGUGAGCUCCUGUUGCUCGGUCCCAGCUCCUGCCCACCUAGCAGUUCGAAAGCCCGUCAAAGUGCAAGUAGAAAGAUAGGUACCGUUCCAGCGGAAAGGUAAACGGCAUUUCUGUGCGCUGCUCUCGUUCGCCAGAAGCGGCUUAGUCAUGCUGGCCACAUGACCUGGAAGCUGUACGCCUGCUCCCUCGGCCAAUAAAGAGAGAUGAGCUCCGCAACCCCAGAGUCGUCCAUGACUGGACCUAAUGGUCAGGGAUCCAACCUUUACCUUUAUCUGGCCCAGGGCAGCCAAAAGAAACUUACAACCAACCAGGAUCUAGCAGAACUAUUGAGAAAUGCUCUCUCCCCCCUGCCCCUGCCCCUGCCGCCAAGUGAACUAGGUGUACAGUUUUGCAGAUUACAGGGAGUACAGCUUGGAGGCAGUAACACUUCUGAAUAGCAAUUGCUGGAACCGCAGGAUGAGAGGGUGCUCCUGCUUGUGGGCUUUCCAUUAGGGCGUAUGGCUGGUCACUGUGAGACUAGAUCCCCUUCCCUAUGUUUUUAGUGGUUCAUGUUUUUAUCUGUAAGCCACCUUGAGUCCCAUCAGAGAAAAGGACAGGGUAUAAACAAACAAACAAACAAAUAAUAUAGGUGGGCAUUCGGCUUGAUCUAGCAGGACUCUUAUAUUCAUAUUCCAGAUGCCAAGUUUCAUAUACAGUGGAACCUUGGUCCACGAACGCCUCUGCUCUUCUCAAAUGCCAAAAACCUGCAAGUAAAUGCUUCUGUUUUCAAAUGUUUUUCAGAACCCAAAUGUGCGAUGUGUCAUAUGAGCAUAUCAUUUGACAUUUGUAGAGGGUUGGGUCUGCUUUGUCUCCUUUUGCUUCCAAAAAUUGGUUUGAGGGAAUCCAAGCAGGACGGUUAGGGUUAUGGCCUCAGAGUACUGGAAUUUGUAGCCUAUGAAGACAAAUCUUAGCCUUUCCCCACAGGCUUUUCAGAGAAAAAUGUAAUUUAAAAAUCCGUUUAAAAAUUCUUAGACUUCUUAGGUACGUAUAGCCUAAGAAAUAUUUUAGCAAUGUUUCACUCCCAGUUGACAUACAGUGGUACCUCGGGUUAUGGAAGUAAUACGUUUUGGGGGUCCAUUCUCAACCCGAAAUUUAUGCAACUAGAGGCGUGCGCGGCGGUAGACUGCUUCUGCGCAUGCCGCUGAGACGUUCUGGUACUUCCAGGUUUGCUUCGGCUGUAAACUGGAGAUUCCGUAACCUGGAGGUUACGCAACAUGAGGUACCACUGUACAUCACUGUCUUAUUGCUCUGGCAGUCCUUUUUAAAGACAGAUCUUACAUUGUUUUGAAAUGUGUAAUUGAUGAGCAAAGGGGUAUCAGGUUUUUUGGUUUUUUAGUGAUUAUAUGACCACGUAGAGUGCCUUUUGGACCAUGGGGGGGAAAUGAAUUAACUAAAUACAUAAGAUUAUGUUGUUAUUAUUGUGGAGUGCCUAAAUUUGUACUACAUGGGUUAUAAAGUUCGCCUUUUUGUUUCAGAAAUGGUUGUGGUGAGAGGUCAGUGAUUGUCAUGUCAGGAUGGCAAAAAUUAGAACCAAAGAAUCAAAAGCCCCAGCAGGCAACUCCACAAGUAUAUCAGAAAAUUUAAAAAAACAACACAGGAAGGAGAAGAAGAAAACAUUGUUUUGGAAAAAGAAAAUCAAAGGGGCAAGGAAGAAAGCACAAAAGGAUUCCAAAGCCAUGGCAGAUAUGCCUCCGAAAAAUCCUCAGGAAGUUUCGUGCAACUGGAAGGCCUUGCAGGAGGUAUGACUGGACAAUGGUUCUCUGUUUUCUAUCUGUGAGCCUUUAUCUUCUAGAGCAGGAUGGUCCAAUAUGCAGCCACAUGCGGCCCCAGAGGCUAUUUUUGGUGGUCUUUCAGCUCCCCAUCCUCUACCUCAGCUGGAGCAGCGCAGACAUGGUGGCAAAUGUAUGUGCUGUUUCUCUUCCUCCUCCUGCUGCUGCUGCAGGUGCUCUGUGUGGUGAACACAGGCCACCACCUGGACCUGCUUGGAGCGUGGCUGCGUCCCCAGAGAAGUGGGGGGUGGGGUGUGUGUUUGUGUAUCUUGUCUCUGUAUUUCAGUGUGUGGAAUACUGUGUUUCAGUAUGGAAUACUUUGCUUUCUUUUUUUGCAAUACAGAGAAGUUCAAGCUUUCGAAUGCACCAGUUGGUGGGGAAAGGAAAAAAAUUUUGGUGCAGAGAAGUGUGGGGUGGGUGUCUGUGAACAAGCAUUUUUGGACAUGAACGUCAUAAAGUCCAAAACUUGAAACAACUUAGUAGAGUUGCCUGCGGAUGCCAACAACCAACCUCAAGGCAGACAUCAAUCCGAAUUGUGAUGAAUUCUAUACCCCAGACAUCCAUUUGAUGUUUGCAUUGUUAACAAACGUGCAUGCAUAUGUUUGUGCAUUAGGUAAAGGUACCCCUGACCGUUAGGUCCAGUCACGGACGACUCAGGGGUUGCGUGCUCAUCUCGCUCUAUAGUCCAAGGGAGCCAGUGUACAGCUUCUGGGUUAUGUGGCCAGCAUGACUAAGCCACUUCUGGCGAACCAGAGCAGCGCACGGAAAUUCCUUUUACCUUCCCACUGGAGCGGUACCUAUUUAUCUACUUGCAUGUUGACGUGCUUUCGAACUGCUAGAUGGGCAGGAGCUGGGAUCGAACAACGGGAGCUCACCCCAUUGCAGGGAUUCGAACUGCCGACCUUCCAAUUGGCAAUCCCUAGGCUCUGUGGUUUAGACCACAGCGCCACCCGCAUCCCCUUUGUGCAUUAGAUUUGUUUAAUAAAUAAAUAUCUUAAAUCCGCUAAUUGCAUAUUUAAUUAAAUAUAUUAAAUAAUAUUGACUAUAUUGCAAGCACAUUAAUUUACAUUACGGAAAUUUAAUUCAUUGUGCAGCCCCCAGAUUCUGUGUUGAAGUAUGCUUGCGGCCCAUUUGGUGUUAGACGUUGCACCACCCUGUUCCAGAGGAUAUGACAAGAGUUGCGUGUCUUGGUUGUGAAAGUCCUGUGUUAAACCCUCACUUGGUCUUCUGUAGUUAUUGUUAGCCUUCCUGGUGGAGAUUACAAUGUGGUUGUUGAGGGGUGUGAGAGUGUUAUGGGGACCAUGGAUUACAAAAUUUUUGCAGAUAUUUUGGCUAAGAGAUUUAAAAAAGUGUUGAUGGAAGAGAUUCACAAAGACCAAGCGGGCUUUCUCCCAAGAAGACAUUUGUCUGACAAUCUGAGGAAUAUAAUUGAUAUUUUGGAAAAACUAGAAGUGAACAUAAACACUAAAGCAGUUUUGAUAUUUGUAGACGCGGAGAAAGCCUUUGACAACAUUUCUUGGAAUUUUAUGAAGAAGAAUCUACAGGGUAUGGGGGUAGGCCAAGGUUUUGAGAAUGGUAUAAGUGCAAUUUAUUCAGAACAAAAGGCUAAAAUAAUUGUAAAUAAUGUUGUGACGGAAGAACUUAAAAUUGAAAAAGGGGCACGACAAGGUUGCCCAAUUUCCCCACUUCUUUUUAUUUCGGUCCUGGAGGUUUUGCUGAAUAUGAUUAGAAGGGACCAGUUGGUUAAAGGUAUACAGGUUGGAACUAAACAGUACAAAUUGAGAGCAUUCGCAGAUGACUUAGUAUUGACGUUACAGGAGCCAGAAUCUAGUACUAAAAGGGUUUUAGAACUGAUUCAAGAAUUUGGUCAAGUGGCAGGAUUUAAAUUGAACAAGUCAAAAACUAAGGUUUUAGAGAAAAAUUUAACACCGAUUGAAAGAGAGAGGUUUCAGAAUGAGACAGGUUUAACAGUGGUUAAGAAAGUUAAAUACCUGGGGAUUAACAUGACAGCAAAAAAUGGGAACUUAUUUAAAGAUAACUAUGAAAAAUGUUGGGCUGAAGUGAAAAAAGAUUUAGAAAUUUGGUCAAAUUUGAAGCUUUCACUGCUGGGCUGUAUUGCUGCGAUAAAAAUGAAUUUAUUGCCUAGAAUGUUGUUUUUGUUUCAAACUUUGCAAAUUGUGGACAAAAUGGAUUGUUUCAAGAGGUGGCAGAAAGAUAUUUCUAAAUUUGUCUGGCAGGGCAAGAAGCCCAGAAUAAAAUUUAAAAUACUAACGGAUGCAAAGGAAAGAGGUGGAUUUGCCCUGCCAGACCUCAAACUUUACUAUGAAUCAGCAGCUUUUUGCUGGUUGAAAGAAUGGCUACUUCUUGAAAACACUGACACUAGAAGGUUUUAACAGUGUAUUUGGAUGGCAUGCAUAUCUAUGGUAUGAUAAGGUCAAAGCACAUAAAGCAUUCAAAAACCACAUUGUCAGGAAAGCGCUGUUUAAUGUUUGGAUAAGAUACAAGGAUUUAUUAGAAAACAAAACCCCAAGGUGGCUGUCACCAAUGGAAGCGAAAGCCUUGAAAAGGUCAAUAUGGAGGUCAAAUGGCCCAAAUACGGGGAAAUGUUGGAACAAGAUGGAGAUAGACUGACAGUGCCGCGUUUUGAAAAAUUAAAAACAAAGUGCGAGACUGGCUUCAUUAUUUUCAGAUAAUGGAGGCAUUUAAAUUGGACAAGAAAAUUGGCUUCCAGGUGGAAAGAUCAAAAUUAGAAACUGAACUGUUAGAACCCAAAACUAAGAAUUUGUCAAGAAUGUAUAACUUGUUGCUGAAAUGGAACACUCAGGAUGAAACGGUAAAAUCGGCUAUGAUUAAAUGGGCACAAGACGUUGGACAUAACAUUAUGUUUGCUGACUGGGAACAGUUGUGGACCACAGGUAUGAAAUUUACGGCAUGUAAUGCCUUAAGAGAGAAUAUUAUGAAAAUGAUAUACAGGUGGUACAUAACCCCAGUCAAGCUUGCAAAAAUCUAUCAUUUGCCCGAUAACAAAUGUUGGAAAUGUAAAGAAACUGAAGGUACAUUUUUUCACCUUUGGUGGACGUGCCCAAAGAUUAAGGCUUUCUGGGAAAUGAUAUAUAAUGAAUUUAAAAAGGUAUUUAAAUAUACCUUCCCCAAGAAACCAGAGGCCUUCCUCCUGGGCAUAGUCGGCCAAAUGGUGUUAAAAAAGGAUAGAACUUUCUUUAUGUAUGCAACAACAGCAGCAAGAACACUCAUCGCAAAGUAUUGGAAGACACAAGAACUUCCCACGCUGGAGGAAUGGCAGAUGAAACUGAUGGACUAUAUGGAACUGGCGGAAAUGACUGGCAGAAUCCGUGACCAGGGAGAAGAGUCGGUGGAGGAAGAUUGGAAGAAAUUCAAAGAUUAUCUACAGAAACACUGCAAAAUUAAAGAAUGUUAAGUGAUGUUGAAUUGAAAAUAAGUGGUUUCCAGCUGUACAGGAUAAAGUUAUAGAUAGACUAAGAUUAAAGAUUAGGAUUAAAGAAGUUUAAGGAAAUGGAAAUUUGGUACUUAAGAGGUAAAAUUUUAAUGCUAUAUUACAUUAAGAUUAAAGAUUAGGAUUAAAGAAGUUUAAGGAAAUGGAAAUUUGGUACUUAAGAGGUAAAAUUUUAAUGUUAUAUUACAUUAAGAUUAAAGAUUGGGAUUAAAAAAGUGGAAAAGAAAUUGCAGGACAAACAAUUUGGACUGGAAUACAAAAGAGGGAGGUAUGAGGAAGUCCAGAAAAUAAGUAAAUUCAAAAACGGAAAUGAAAAGGUGAUAUUGUUUUUAAUUGCUCUGUUUCUUUUUUUGUUUUUUGUUCUCUGUGUUUUUCUUCUUUUUUUGGAUUAUGUAUUGUGUAUUUGUGUAUUUCUUUUUUAUGUUUUUCUCUCUAACUUUUUAUUGAAACCUUAAUAAAAAUCAUUUAAAAAAAAAACCAAAGAGUGUUAUGGGGACCAGAUAGGAAUCUGCUUGGGCUGGAGUCUCUGUUUGCCGACACCAAAUUGGAAUUGCACUGAUUUGCGUUUCUUGGUUUGUUUUUCAGCUUCUGAAACCAAAGGCUGCCAUUCUGGAUUCCGCUCUUACUGCCCCCAGCACACAUUCCAAGGGCAAAAACAAGGCCAUAGAGGGAGGAGCUGCCCUCAAAAUGCCAAAGGUAAACGGAAGUGAGAGGAUGCUGGCAUCCAAGCCUCCAGAAAAGGCCAAGAAGAAUCAGGCUGAACAUUUUGCUCAUCCAGUUUCUGCAAGCUCUGAAAAGCCUGUACAUGGAAAGAACUCGCACCAGGCCCAGGAGGAUGGAAAAGGGCCCAAGGGAGGCCCUAGAAGGGGCAAUGUUGAGAGGAACUAUGGGGACAUUAAAGAGAAAAGAAGGAAAGCAGAAGAAGAAGUGGAACCAAAGCCAGCAGAGUAAGUCUUUUUCAGCCUUGUGCUUAAUGAUUUUUAGGCAGAGCUGGCAAAAGAGCUCAGGUUUCUCAGCACCAGCUGCAGAUGUAUAGGCCCCUAGUUCCUUCAUGCAGCACACAGUUAAAUUGUGGAACUCCCUUCCACAGGAGGCAGUGAUGGCCACCAACUUAAUGACAUUAAGAGAGGAUUAGCCUUCUCCUUCUCCAUGAAUUUGUCUAUCAGUGGCUGCUAGUCAGGAUGGCUAUGCUCUUGUCUCCACAUUUGGAGGCAGUAAUGCUUCCAAAUACAGGUUGCUGGAAAUCACAGAAGGGGAGAGAUGCCCUUGUGCUCAGUUCCUGUUUGCAGGAAGUCCCGCAGGCUUCUGGUUAGCCACUGUGGGAACAGGAUCCUGAGCUAGAUGAGCCAUUGGUCUUCUUAUCUUCCUGUGUAGGAGCUUGGCAACAGGCAGAACCAAAAUAAUUUCACUUGUAGCCACUUGUGAAACUACCUGCUGUGUAUUUCAGGUGGAGGUUGGGUGUGUGUUUAAAUUUGCAGAUCAGUUGGGUAGCAACUCUUUAAGACAGAGCAGUCCCACUGAGAUCAACAUCUGAUUUGCAGCGUUGAAAAUUUUAUGGGCAUGUUCAUCAAACAUGUUUACAUAGAAACUGUGCUGCACGGACCGUUUCUAUUACCAGUCACACUUUUUACAGGCACUAUGGACACCCCAUUAAGAUAUGAUGCAUUCCCUGCCCUCGUUUUCCAUACCACAAAUAAUUUUAUACACUUCUAUCAUGUUGCUUCUUACUUGCCUCAUCUCUAAAUUUAAAAAGCCCCAAAUGUUGUAACCUAUCCCUAUAAGGAAGUUGUCUUAUUAAAUCUGAGUUACUUGAAGAAGAUGCAUCACGUUUAUAGCUUACACUUAGGGAGGUAUACAAAGGAUUAUGCCAUUCUUAUUCUCACAACAACCUUAUAAGGUGGGCAAGGCUAAGUGAUAAAGAGUGGCCCAAAUGAGCUCCUUGGCUACAUGGAGACAUGAAAUCACCCAUCUCCAUUGCAGCUGUUUGACUCUUCUGCCUGGUUAAUACUUUGUGCCUUUUUUGGUCACCUGUCUUUUGCUUUCCCUUCUAGUAUCUGGUUUGAUGAUGUUGAUCCUGAUGAUAUCGAGGCAGCCAUGGGUCCAGAAGCAGCAAAAAUUGCCCGGAAAAAUCUGGGCAUCCCAGAAGUCAGACCCCAGCAGUUAGCAGAAGUAACACUGGUUAAAGAAAAGGCUUUUGAAGGGUAAAUGUUUCUCAGUAAAGCUAAUACUUAAUAGCACAUGGCUUUGAACUGUUGCAGCAAUAUUAAUUGAAUAUUAAACUGCCUUUGAAUUGAUGGAUAAAUAGAUUCAUUAACUACAUCUUCAUUUUAUUAAAAGAAAAUUCAACAGAGGAGCAGUAUGAGACAUUAAGAGCUUAUAGUUUAAUGGGGGAAAUUCUGAUUCUCACUGUUAAAAGAAAAAAAACCAACAUCUUCAAUAUUUUCUGCUUUGUUCCUGUUAACAGUUAAUAUGCUGGAACUAAAAUAGCCUGGGAGUGAAAAUGCACGCGCACAGAAACACCAGCAUGCUCUUAACACACAGCACCACCAUUUGAAAAUUUGUCCUUGUCAAUUUGUUGAAGAAGCACCUUACAAAUUCUUUCAGUAUCCCAUUAUUACAAACCUGGCCACUAGUAAAAGAGGAUUUAUUAAGAGGUUUAAGUUAGUAUUGCUUCCCAUGAAAAGAUUGGCAAAGCAAAUAUGGCAAAUAACACAUAGGAAAAUUGACUAACAAAAUAAGAUUUCCACAAGGUUUGAAGCAUAAAGACUCUUGCAACUCUCUCUUCAGCUUUAUCAUGCAUACGGCUUAAAAUGAAAACAGAGGGAACACCCACCCCCAUAAAACAUUUUGGUAAAACAUAAACCGUGUAUUGCCUUCUAUACAAAUGGUUGUCUGGUACAGGAAUUUACUACAUUAUCUGGAUAUUAUUUUAGAUGUAAUGUCUUCUGUGUAGCGUGGGAUAUUUAAUGUGUGUACUAUGUUGUUAUAUGUUGUAACCUAAUUUUUUGAAGAUGCACCCACUAAAUUAAUUUACUCCCCCCAAUUAAAGCUUUCGUUAAUCAAUUUUCCAGUCAGACAGAUUUAACACUGCAGCUGCUUAACUCUGCAGCCUGUUUUAUGUUGGGAAUAAGCUCUCUCCAGUUAGGGCCAAGUUCUGGGCAAAGAGCUCUUUAAAUCCUUUCCCCAGAAACAUUGACGUCCUGUGGAGGCAGCUGGUGAGCAGCUGGUUAAUAUAAUAAUAAGGCUCUCUCCUUUUCGGCAGCCUAACCAAAGCUGUGGCCAUGGACUGUGAAAUGGUGGGCGUGGGACCCACAGGCAAAGACAGCAUUGUGGCCCGUGUGUCCAUUGUGAACCUCUUUGGCAAGUGUGUUUACGACAAGUAUGUCAAGGCAAUGGAAAAAGUGACAGACUACAGGACGGCCGUCAGUGGGAUUCGGCCUGAAAACCUAACGACAGGUUGGUGCUCUGUGGGUGUACUGAUUUCAUAUUAUGACUGUAAGGAGCUGUAUUUUGUUGAGUCAGGCCAUAUCUGUACUAUACAUUUAAAGAACCAUUCUAUGACAGUCAUGGCUCGCCCCCCCCCCAAAAAAAUAUCUUGGGAAGUGCAGUUUGUGCAAGCCACUGACAAUUGUUAGGAGAGUCCCUGUUCCCCUCCCAGAAUUGCAAUUCCCAGAGUUCCCUGGGAAGAGGGAUUGUUUAAACCACUUUGGGAAUUGUAGUUCUGCGAGGGAAUCAGAAUAAGAGAAUUGUAGAGUUGGAAGGGACCAUGAAAUGCCUGUUAUUUUCAAAAAGGCCCAGAUUGUCCCCCUCACUAGCAAUUGUUGUUGCUGUUGAUGAUGGGUUCUGAUCAGAUUUCAUUCUGGUGUAAACUCUGAUCCAUUGCUCCAUAUUUAUUAAUAUUGAAGAUGAUGAUGAUGUAAACCAGGGGUCAGCAAACUUUUUCAGCAGGGGGCUGGUCCACUGUCCCUCAGACCUUGUGGGGGCACUGGACUAUAUUUUGGACUAUAUUUUGGAGGAAAAAAUGAACAAAUUCCUAUGCUCCACAAAUAACCCAGAGAUGCAUUUUAAGUAAAAAGACACAUCCUCAUGUAAAAACAUGCUGAUUCCCGUACCAUCCAUGGGCCAGAUUUAGAAGGCGAUUAGGCCGGAUCCGGCCCCUGGGCCUUAGUUUGUCUACCCAUGAUGUAAACAAUCUUUAUACUUCACUCAGUCAUAGUUAUGGUUAGUUAUGGGUUUUUCUUCUGAUUGAUUUGUACAUCAUGCUGACUUUACAGCUAUGUUCUCAAAAAUUAAUAUGCAUAUAUUAAAAGAAAAAAAGGCCCUUGUGUGGUGUGUUUCUGUGGACUCCUGUUGUGCUUUUGCUGAGAACAUUUUUCUCUGUGUUUCUUUGGUUGUUCAGGUGAGGAUUUUAAAAUCGUUCAGGAAGAAGUGGCCAGCAUCCUAAAAGGAAGGAUCCUUGUUGGUCAUGCUCUUCACAAUGACUUAAAGGUACAGAGCCCUUAACUUUAUUAUUUUUCUGUAUUGAAUUUUUUAUAUAUCUAUUUCUAUGCUGCCCUUCAUCAGAAGGUCACAGGGCAGUUUACAAUAAAAAAAAUUACAAAAAAAUAUAUAGCAUAGUAAAAAACAAAAAUAAUCCCUCCUGCACAAUAUUUUAUAUCCCACCUUUUUCUCCCAAAAGCUCAAGGUGGUGUUACGUGGUUUUCCUCAUUUAAUCCCUACAACAACCCUGUGAAGUAGGUUAGGCUGAGAGAGGCAGCAACUAGCCCAAGAUCACAGCCAUGAGCUUCAUGGCCGCCUGGGGAUUUGAACCCUGGUAUCCCAGGUCAUAGUCUGACAUGCUACCACUGCACCACAGUGGCUCAUUGUCUUUCAACCCUUGCCUUUCAUUGUUGGUAUUCAGAGACUUGCAACCAGUCUGGUUUUUCAUCUGCCUCUCCCACCCCGAACUCAACCAGAGAGGCCACGCUUCCUCUCCUCUUGAGGUCUCCCACUCUGAGAUGUCCUAUCCUGGGCUGUGAUUGUUCUCUUGUCAGCUGAAAUUUGAAUAGCAAUUUGCAAGCCCAGUUGCUUCUCACUCAGGUUACCUGUUCAGGUUUCAACUGUGCGUGCUACUCUGAUGUCUCGAUUACACCGUGAGCAAUGUUCACAGUGGAAACCUUUUGACUGUUUUCAGAUCUUGUUCCUUGACCACCCCAAGAAGAGAAUCCGGGAUACACAAAGAUACAAGCCUUUCAAACAAGAGGUCCAGGUAGGAACUGAGAGACAUCCCCCUCUCCCAUCUCAAAUCAACAGACUCUACAUUGGGGUUGGGAACCUCCGCCCAAUGGGCUGGUCUUGGCCCAAUAGGGGGUUUCACCUGUAAAUCCUGAUGAGUGGGGGAGGAGGGAGGGCUCAACCUUGCUGAGUGCUGCUUCCUGUCAAAAGCAGGCUUUCAGUGUGGGGGGUGAGAUAAAGAUCUGGCCCACUGGGCCAAAAAAGGUUCCCCUCUCCUUUAAAUUGAAAAGUAUGGAGGCUAGAAGAAGAAGAAGAGUUUGGAUUUGAUAUCCCGCCUUUCACUCCCUUUAAGGAGUCUCAAAGCGGCUAACAUUCUCCUUUCCCUUCCUCCCCCACAACAAACACUCUGUGAGGUGAGUGGGGCUGAGAGACUUCAAAGAAGUGUGACUAGCCCAAGGUCACCCAGCAGCUGCAUGUGGAGGAGCGGAGACGCGAACCCGGUUCACCAGAUUACGAGACUACCGCUCUUAACCACUACACCACACUGGCUACUAGAACUUGGGGCCGUUGAUCAUUCCACUGCCAUUUUCCUUCUGGACAAGUUUCAUUGGUCUGGCAGCUCUACUUAUGCAAAUCUUCUGGUCCAAGUGUCGGCUGUUACGUCACUUUUAUAUUGGAAUAUAUAAUUGGUGGUAUUAUUAUUAUUAUUGCAAUUUUGAAUGAUUUGAUUGGAUUUGUCAUUAAUUGGAGGAUUCUAUUGAAAAUGAAUAAAAAUUAUUUACAAAAGAGAGAGAGAGAGAGAAUCAGGACUUGGAAGAUAAACCACUAAUUGGAUUUUUCUUAGGGGCAGCAUGUGGUUAUAGCCACAUUCAGGAUGGACUUGAAAGGUGCAAAUUAGAACGCUUGGUACAAAAGAUUAUAGCAUAUUGGACUUAUGGGAAAAAUUGACUUAUUACCGUACCUUUCCGUCUAUAAGAUGCCCCCAUGGAUAAGACGCCCCCUAUUUUGGGGGACUCAAAUUUCAGAAAAAGGGGGAAAGAUGGCUCUGCUUUUUUGCGGAGGAUUGCCCAAGGUUUUACAGCUGGGGGGAGGGAUUGCCAAAAAUCGCUCAUACGCAGCAUCCAUGCUGACCAUUGCCGGCAGCUGUCAAUCGCCCACUUGCCACAGCGACAGCCAAUCGCAAACAGACUCUUCCUCAGCAAAAAAUCUCUUACCCGACUGAGAAAAGCUGUCCGCUGGCAAUUGUACGCGUCCCAGAACAGCAGCCGCCAAUUGCGGCAGCGACUGCCAAUCCACAGCAGUGUUUGCUGCAGAAACCAAUCACCAACCCAAUUAGAGAAGCAGCAGCCAAUCCAAAGCAGCCCUUCUAGCAGCCAACAGUUGUCACUGACAAGCUCCUGCUCACAGCUGCAGCCAAUCACCCAUCCACCCCAUUCACUAUCCAUGUAUAAGACGAGGCACGUUUUUAAACAAAAUUUAGAGUAAAAAAACCUUGUCUUAUACAUGGAAAAGUAUGGUAAUUAACAAAUGGACAGAAUUAAAGAUAGGCAAGAGGAAAAAAGCACAAAUAUACUUUGUGGGAGAAGGGUGGAGCUUUGUUUCAUUUACAAAUGCCAGAUGUGGAUUCCUGCAUUUCAGGGUAGCAAGUAAAAAGGCAUUGUCCAGCUGUGUGCUUUUUAGGUUUUAUUUAACAGACAUAAGGGAGAUUUGUGCAUCAUCCAUUAAUGCAAAUGGUCAAGACCAAAGCAGAUUGACUUUUGUGGCAAUCUUGGAUCCCUUGAGCUUUCUCAACAGUUAAAACUCAGGAUUUGUUAGUGUCGGCCAAAUUGUUGGUGGCCUCACAGCAACACAAAGAAAUCAAGCACAGUACCUCCUCUUCAAACCAUGAUUUCUCCUUUCAUAUAGAGUGGGAGGCCAUCUUUGAAGCUGCUCUGUGAGAAACUGCUGAAUGUGAAGGUGCAAGCUUUGGAACACAGUUCAGUAGGUAUUCUUUCAUUAGGUUCUGGUUGCAAGUGACAUAUUAUUCCGGGCUCAGAAAGGAAAUAAUAGGGAAAUGUAUUCUAUUUUACUGGGGAGCUUGCUCUUGUUUAACCCUGGGCUAUCUCCUAAUUGGUUAUAUUUCCUUUUCUAAGAAAUUACAACUUUUAAUAAAUUCUUACUGGUACACUGGCCAUCACUUCUUAACACUGCUAACUUCCCCCGCCCUAUAUCUAACCCACUUUACAUAAGCUUUACCGAAAUGAACAUCUUAUGUUUCUAGCUUAUUUUUUUGCUAAAAUGCGAAAACUGAUCAUGUUACUUUUUUUCUUCCUUAGUAAUGUCAAAGAGACAUUACGGUACAGUUCCAGGCAUGUAUACUCAGCAGUAAACACCCAUGUCCACUCAGAUGUAAGGCUGAUUGGGUUCAAUAUAUCUUACACCCAGGAAAUUGCAUAUAGGAUUGCAACUUAAGUGUCCCAACAGUUUUCUAUGCCAUUUCCAUAAAUGAUGUGCUUGAAUCUUAAAAUAAAGAUGAGUUCACACAUGUCCUUGUCACGUAUCGACUGAUAAUUUGCAUAUAUAACACAGCCAUCAAAAAACAAAUGUCUCAGAGAGAGCUUUUAUAUGAUCUCAAAGACUAUGCUUUUUAAUGGGGAGGACCAUAGCUCAGUGGUAGAGCAUCUCAUCUGAAUGUAGAAGGGCCCAGGUAUAAUCCCAUGCAGGACUAAGAAAAUGUUCUUUGUCUGAAACCCUGGAGAGCCACUGCCUGUUAGCUGAGACAAUACUGAGCUAGAUGGGCCAAUGGUCUGACUCAGUAUAAGGCGGCUUCUUAUGUUCCUAUUAAGUUUUUAUAUCUCUGUCCCACCUUCCUUUUUCAAAUGAAAACCAAAGUAGUUAAUGCAAGCCUUAUGAAAUGCUUUUUGUCCUCCUCAUGUGAUGUGGCUGUUUGCUGGUAGAAUGUGCAAUGUACCAGCUUUCCAAAUCAGGGGAAGGGUUAUAAUUUUGUCAUUUAAGCUGCCCAUUGUUGUUUGUAGAAAUGUGAGAGUAAUUGGGGAACAACCAGGAGUUACAUCAUUCCUGCAGUCAGGUCACUUGGCAAGAUUUCAUCCUGUUGAUUCCAUCACUUGACACAAAGUCAACUAAUUCAUUGUAUCCUAAACUUGUUGCUCAUUUCUCUCUCUCUCUCUCUCUCUCUCUCUCUCUCUCUCUCUCUCAGAUUCAGGAUGCCCAAGCAGCCAUGAGGCUGUACAUGAUGGCGAGGAAGCAGUGGGAAGCCUCGCUCAAAGAAAAAUCAAAGACCAAGAAAUAAUAAAUCUGAGUAUCUCUGGAUAUGUCCUGCUUGCUGUACUGCCCAGCACUGACUUGAGUAAAAAUAUCAGUUGUCCUACUGGCCUUUCCCCUUGGACCCUUUUGUUUGCCCUUGGUCAGCUACCAUACAAAAAAUACUCCCAAGUUAUUCAUUUAUGAAACUCUUCUAUUUGCUUCUGCAACUGACAGCUUCCUGGAGCCUCUCUCUCAUAAGCUUGGGACACAGUGAAAUACAAUUAUUUCCUUAACUGUAGAAGAAGAAGAAGAAGAAGAGUUUAGACUUGAUAUCCCACCUUUCACUCCCUUUAAGGAGUCUCAAAGCGGCUAACAAUCUCCUUUCCCUUCCUCCCCCACAACAAACACUCUGUGAGGUGAGUGGGGCUGAGAGACUUCAAAGAAGUGUGACUAGCCCAAGGUCACCCAGCAGCUGCAUGUGGAGGAGCAGGGAAUUGAACCCGGUUCGCCAGAUGACAAGUCCACCUCUCUUAACCAUUACACUACAGUGGCUCUGGUUGCCUUCAAAUUUGCUAUUUGAUAUACCAUUCAAGGAUAGCACAAGCCCAAUAACCAAACUAGUGCUUCACCUGCCACUCCAAGGAAGUCUAUGAUUUCUCUCCAUAAAUGCUCUGAAAAGAAAGAAACAGCUGCCUCUACCCAUAACCCCACUUUUGCACAUUGAGCUGACUGUACUAUCAUAUUGAAAAUAUAUGAACAUUUCGCCAACUCUGCAUACCAUUGAGCUCCUGUUGAGAUAAAUCAGGUUCCUGCUUUCAAAUAGGCUGUUGAAAUUAGACAACUUGUUUCCCCCUAAAGUGAAACAUGAGCCAGCCAAAAUGUUGAUAUGGCUUAUGUACCAGCAGAUGGGAACCAGCAGGGCCCAGGGCUUUGUUGCUGGACAAUGAAUGAAUCGUUUGAAAGGUGAACAGCUGUAGCAAGUACACCUCUGGCAUCAGUUUGGUGAACAUACAAAGCUGUCAGAAGUUAAGAGAGGAGCUCGGAGCCAUUGGCCUGAGUGCCAGAGGAAAUCCACAUAAACUUCAAAAUCUAUGCAAACUUGUAUAUUUGUAAGCUGGAAGCAUAAUAAGCCAUGAAAACAGAGGCACUUCGUGAUUCUGGUGACAACUGCUUGUAAACACUGAUAAUCAGUUGGCUUACAAUUCCUUUCAGGUCACCAGCUGCUUUCUCUCACUAGCAUCCAGAGAACUAGUUCUGCAGGCAGAAAGGGGAGCUUUAGGCAUGAUUUCUCACUCUUCAAAUAGCACAGUGUAUGGCAAGCUGCUUUUGAAAGGGGGAAGUUUCAAGAGCAAGUAAAAAUAAAGUAUAUGGAGCAGCAAAAAUCCCCAAAAUUCAUUGGAUUAGUUAAAUAUCUGCAUCUGAAGCUGAAUACCUCGGCAACACCACAGACAGGGACAAAGUAGAUGCCUUGAUUGGAUUUCCUAAUUUUUAAAAUAGCAUUGACUACCAAACUGAAGGACCACAUAUUCUCAUCUGGUAUUCAUAUUUAUUGACUGUUUUGUAAAACAAAAGUGUAUAGAAGGUUUAAGAUUUCCCUGAAAUAUGGCAGGUUCCUUGAAUGCUGUUGCUGACUUACAAAUAGUGCAAAGAAGCAAUCUUCUAGAGCAGACUUGUCUCAUUUCAGGCAAGGAGCCCUGCAGGUAGGGGUAAAAGAUACAUGCUUUAAAGAAUACUUCUGAAGAUUCAGAGCUUUCAAAAUAAAGAGCUGAUGUUUGUGUUUUGUUAUCAUUUACCUUUUUUCUGCAGUUUAGAGAGUGCCUUUUCUGCUAGAGCAACUAUUUCCUGGUUGGGGAAAUAAGCAAGUGUCAGAUGCCAGUUUUUGUUUUGUUUUUAAAACUUCUUUUCAUUAAGGUAGCUCCUUUUUUAUGCCAAUCCUCCUAUGACUCUUUCAGAUGUAUGCUAUGUCCCUUUAAAGCUUGACAAUUAAAACUAAUGAAUGC